CCGGCACUGACAAGUAUGUUGAGAGCUGAUCCUCCUGUGGAGACCAAACAUCAGCAGCCUUGAGGCGUCCCAACACUCUUUGCUGAAAAAAAAAACCACUUGAGGGAACUUUUUUCACAACUUGAGGUUUGUAUUAUUUUUUUUUAAUUUUUUUAAGGAAAUUUUGGGACAUCAUGGCAUUACGGCAACAUUCAGAGAAGGAGCCAAGCAUAGAGUUGUUUGUCAAGGCCGGCCAUGACGGCGAGAACGUGGGCAACUGCCCCUUCUGCCAGAGGCUCUUCAUGGUGCUGUGGCUGAAAGGAGUCAAGUUCACCGUGACCACUGUUGACAUGAGGAAGAAGCCUGCGGAGCUAAAAGACUUGGCCCCUGGCACCAACCCUCCUUUCCUGCUCUACAACGGCACCCUCAAAACAGACUUCAUCAAAAUAGAGGAGUUUCUUGAGCAAACGCUAGCCCCGCCCCGGUAUCCUCACCUCAGCCCACGAAACAAAGACUCCUUUGACGUGGGCGCUGACAUUUUCGCCAAGUUUUCAGCUUUCAUCAAGAAUACACCAAAUAACGCAUUUCAGGAGAAAAGCCUGCUGAGGGAGUUUAAGCGUCUGGACAAUUACCUGAACGCUCCUCUUCCUGAGGAGGUUGACCAUAACUCCCAAGAAAGCAUCAGCAUCUCCAAGAGGAAGUUCCUGGAUGGUGACCACCUCACAUUAGCUGACUGCAACCUGCUGCCCAAACUGCAUGUCAUCCGGAUCGCCUCCAAGAAAUACUGCGACUUUGACAUCCCGGCCCAGCUGACGGGUGUGUGGAGAUACCUGCACAACGCUUACGAGCAGGAAGAGUUCAAACAGACGUGUCCAGCCGACAUCGAGAUUGAGAAGGCUUACUUCAGUGUGGCUAAUAACAGGAAAUAAACCUUCAUUAUCUGACCUCUUUUAGGCCGUGUUCACACUUGUGGUUCAGUACUUGGUACAUACUUUGGUGCCGUUUCCUUAGCGUUUAUGCUAAAUAUUCCUUCCCAGCAGAGAAGCAGCACUUCCAGCAUAUUUUCUCUUACUCUUGUUUGUCACUUUUGCAUGCGUUUUUCUGCCAUUUUAACACUGGGCUAUGUCGUGUUCACAUUUCCGCUCACGUGAACUGAACCGCACCAGAACUGCUCAAAACCGGGAACAUGUUGGAUUCAAGAGGCCAAAUGUGCAAUGGACUGUUAUAUAAUUGAGCAGAUUUGUGUUUAUAGUGUACAUACAGUAUAUUUACACCAGCUGUUUCCAAACUGUUUAUUUCUAUGGAAAAACUGGUCUACCAGGACUAGUCUUCUCUAUCUGAUUGGUUGACAGUUGACAAUGAUGAUAGCGUGUCACUUUUCCACCAAUAAAACACUGAAAGGGGCGUGGCUACUGUGUGAAAUAGUCAUGGCUGAGAAACAGAUAACACAACACUCCCUUUUCUCAUACUUGACUUUAUUGAGACACACCAAAGAGACAAUCGUUAGCUUACAAUAGUCGUAAAAAAUAGAUGUUCUAUUGAGCUUCAUUCAAAGUGUAGAGUGGUUGUUUGCUCCACAUCUAAUUGGUCACGCAGUAUUUCCAGAAACAAGCUGUAAAAAAAAAACAAAAAAAACAAAGCUGACAAUUAAGAAUAAUUCAAGACAAAUUUGUACACGGCUUUCUUUUUGUUUUGGCCAAAA